UUAAAAAAAGUCCAUUAUAAUCGGAAAAGACUAAAGCAAGCUAGAACAUUAAAGUCAGUAGAAACACUUUCAAAUUCUGCACUUACUAAGCAUGCUAUUAAUUUUUCUAAAGCAAUAUAUACAAACUUUCAAGCUUGUACAAAUCAAUUUUAUCAUUCAAAUGAUAAACCUGUAUUAGAAUCAAUACGAUAUUCAGUAAAAAGAUAUGCUUAUAAAGUUAAUUAUAGUGCUAAAGAUCCAAAAAAAUUAAAACAAAAAGAAGAAUCAGUUUGUCGAAUACAAGAUGAAGGAUAUAUUUCUCGUGAUACUUAUAGCAAUCUUGCAGCAAUUGAGCAUCAUUUACCUCGAGUAUGGGCAAUUUCUGAAAGAAGAAAGCAAAUUACACAAAAUAUAGCUGAAUUAGUUCCAAUAUCCAUAAUUGAUAUACAAAUGCAAGCUCAAGUAGAUCCAAUUGAAGAGCCUGAUAUUACCGAAAUAGAUAUU